UUAAUAUUGAUUAAAACUUUGUCAACUUACUAUUAAGUAUUAACACUCACCGGACUGGCCAGUUCGCCACUCGCAAAAUAUUCGCUUUUCGUUAUUGAGCUGUUAAUAAAUAUUUUGAUAUUUCGUUAUCUGUAUUCUUUUUUUUUUAGUGUACUCUAGGCCUAUAAAAUGAAUGCUCCUCCGACAUUUGAAUCGUUUUUGCUGUAUGACGGAGAAAAAAAAAUAGUCAAAGAAGUAGAUACUAAGGUUACAAAUGCAGCAAUUUUUACUGUCAACAAAGAAGAUCAUACUCUGGGAAACAUGAUCAGGAACCAACUUCUUAAAGACCCAAAUGUACUUUUUGCUGGAUAUAAACAACCACAUCCACUGGAACAUAAAUUUGAACUUCGCAUACAAACAACAUCUGAUUAUACACCUCAAGAUGCUUUAACUAAUUCUAUAACUGAUCUCUUGGCUGAACUUUCUUUGUUUGAAGAACGUUUCAAGGAAGCUUUAAGGGAGAAAAAAGAAGGCCUUGAUUAAUAUGAUUUAUUCAUUUAAUGAAGUAUAUUUAAGGUGUUUAUAUUAAUCAUAAUUAUAUGUAUUUCUGAAUU